AGCACCGUCCGGCCGCCCGCGCACUCCGCGGCCAAACUUCGCGUCGGCCGGGAUGGCGGCGUCGGCGUCGCUGCCGGCCGCCCCGCUGCUCAUUCACCGGCUGGCGGAGCGCCUGCUGAGGAGCCUCAGCAACUUGCUGGACCGGGCGCCGCCGGGCAAGGGCUGGCGGGACUUGGCGCAGCUCGCGGGGAGCCGCGGCGGGGUCCGGCUGAGUUCUCUUGAAUUGGAGCAUUGUUCUCUGCAAGUUUUGGAGCCUGAAGGAAGUCCCAGCAGGAGUCUUCUUCAAUUAAUGGGUGAAAGAGGCUGUACAGUUUUAGAGUUGACAGAAUUGCUUCAGUCCCUGGAACAUACAGAGGCACUUCAAUUGCUCAACCCAAGUAUAAAGAUCAUUGUAGAACCAGAAUCCCAAGCUGUUUUAUCUGGCCAGAUGGUGAAGCUGAGCUGCUGGGCAACAGGAUAUCCUCUCCUGUACUACCAGUGGUUUAAAGAAAAAAAAAUGGUUCCAAAUGGGAAUUCUCCAGAACUGGUGUUCAACCAAGUGACUGCAGAUGAUACUGGAUUAUACAUAUGUCGAGUGAACAGUGAUUCUUCUUAUGAGUUCAGCCGAUGGGCACAAUUGGAUGUUUGUGAUAGCCAAGGAGAUUCUGAUGGAAACUGCCUUGAGUUGCCUGAAAUGAAAAUACGUAUCUGCCUGCAUCCACAAUCUCAAAACCUGAUGGUUGGAGAAAUGUUAAUUCUUCAGUGUGAAGCAAUAGGAAUUCCUGUGCCUCAGUACCAGUGGUACAAAGAGGAAUUUCCGCUUACUAAUGGAGAUAAAAAGGUCUAUGUGGUAUCCUGCGUAGACACUGAACAUCAAGGGACAUACUGGUGUCUGGUAUACAAUAACCAAGAAAAUGAAGAAAGCAAAAAGGUGAAAGUCACUAUAGGUGGAAAAUCUGUUACAGUAGAAUGCACUGAAGAGGAAUUAAAUGACUUUGAAGGAUUUGAUCUUGAACAACCAACUGAAAGGCAGUUUGCAGUAGACAAGGUAGCGCUGCUGAUGGGUAACAUGAGCUACUAUAACCAUCCCAAGCUUAAGGCUCCGUUGGUUGAUGUUUAUGAGCUGACCAACUUGCUGAGGCAGAUGGACUUUAAAGUGGUUUCCUUGCUGGAUCUGACGGAACCUGAGAUGCGGAAUGCAGUGGACGAAUUCUUACUGCUCCUGGAUAAAGGCGUAUAUGGUCUAUUAUAUUAUGCUGGGCAUGGCUAUGAAAAUUAUGGGAAUAGUUUUAUGGUUCCUAUUGAUGCCCCAAAUCCCUAUCGGGCUGCAAACUGUCUAUGUGUACAAAACAUUCUCAAGCUAAUGCAAGAAAAGGAUACUGGCCUCAAUGUAUUUUUACUGGAUAUGUGCAGAAAACGGAAUGAAUAUGACAAUACUGUUCUCAUCCUGGAUGCCCUGAAGGUUACAGCUAACAUUGUUUUUGGAUACGCCACGUGCCAAGGGGCAGAAGCUUUUGAAAUUCAGCAGUCUGGAUUAGCCAAUGGAAUUUUCAUGAAGUUUUUAAAGGAACGGUUAUUAGAGGACAAGAAAAUUACUGUGCUGCUGGAUGGUGUAGCAGAAGAUAUGGGGAAGUGUCACCUUACCAAAGGCAAGCAGGCUUUGGAGAUUCGCAGCAGUUUAUCUGAGAAGAGAGCGUUAACUGAUCCUAUUCAGCAAACAGUAACCUCAGAAGAAGCUUUGGCACGAAAUCUACAGUGGGCGAAAGCUCAUGAACUUCCUGAAAGUAUGUGUCUUCAGUUUCAAUGUGGGGUCCGGAUUCAACUUGGUUUCGCUGCAGAAUUCUCCAAUGUCAUGAUCAUCUACACAAGAAUAGUUAAGAAACCACCUGAAAUCACCGUUUGCAAUGCUUAUGUCACCGAUUUUCCCCUUGAUUUGGAUGUGGAUCCUAAAGAGGCAAAUAAAGGGACACCUGAGGAAACUGGCAGCUAUUUGCUUUCAAAAGAUUUGCCCAAGCACUGCCUCUACACUAGAAUAAGUUCACUACAGAAGCUAAAGGAAGACUUAACAUUCACUGUUUGCCUGCAUUAUGAAUAUAUGGGACUUGAUGAUGCUGUGGAUGAAAGGAAGGUGGUUAACAUUGGCAAGCCACUUAUUGCUAAAUUGCGUAUUCACCAAGGAUUUGGAAAGUGCAGCUGUUUCCAGAGCUGUGGUUUGCCUAAUGAUCCUUCUUCUGCCCAGUCACUGGCCACAGGAGCAGCUGGAUUCUGCCCAUCUCACCUUAAUCAAUCAUGUUCUUACACAGGCUUUGUCCAAUCAAGUCCUUCUCCUAUUGGAAGCCUGAUGCAGCCGCCAAGAUGCCAUUGCAGGAUGGUGCAAAAUAAGUUAAUGGCAUGGCAGUCAAAAUGGUCACAUUCAUCAGAUUCAGACCUGAGCAAUAUUCCUGUGGAGACCACAGAUGAACUAGAAUCUGAUUUCUCAGGAAGUUUAAAACUACCUCAUGAGCCUUAGCCAAC